AUGUCGAUAGAUAAGUUUGAAUGUCUCCCAGAUGGAAUUUAUGUGCCAGUUCCAACUUUCUUUAAAAAUGACGAAGAUUAUACAUUGGAUCUAGACAAUCAGCUGCGACAUGUAAAGUUUUUAUAUGGAUGCGGUAUUAAUGGUGUCGUUUUAGCAGGAUCAAUGGGAGAAUCGUGUCAUUUAACAGGAGAAGAAAGGUCCUUACUUUGUGCCACCGUUAGAAAAGCGAUACCUGAUCCCAAUUUCAAAAUAGUUUUAGGUUCUCCGCCAUUGAGCAUUCAAGACACUACAAAGGAGAUUCACGACGGUUACAAUGCUGGAGCGAAUUUUUCAUUGCUACUUGUGCCCGGUUAUUUUGGUCCUCAUUUGACUAGCCAACAAGGAAUUAUUGAUUACUUUAAUUUGGUCGCAAGAAAUCUGCCUUUACCUAUAAUAAUUUAUAAUUACCCUGGAGUAAGCAAUAAUGUUACCCUAUCUCUCGAUACAUUUAAGCAAUUACUGCAGAUUCCUCAAAUUGUGGGCGUCAAAUUAACCCAUUUCAACUUGGAUUUAUAUAUUUUAUUGGCAAGUGAAGAUAAGCAAUAUAAGCUCAAAAAUUUUAAACCUUUCACUGGCUUAGGACAAGUUCUUGUUCCUGCCAUGAGCAUUGGCGUAAAAGGUGCUAUUGAUGGACUUGCAAAUGUGUUUCCAAAAUCUAUGUUGAGAAUUCUUGAGCUAUAUAAACAGUGCCAAUACGAAGAAGUAGCAAAAUUGCAGUACCAAGUCACUAGAGCAAAUCAAAUGAUCUCUGAGCUCAAUGUAGUUGGAAUUAAGCUUGCAUUGAAAGAAAUUUAUGGCUUUGGAGAUUGUACUAGUGGACGGCCGCCCUUGAACAGAGAAGCAAAUAAGGAGAUUUACCUCAAAUAUUCCAAAGACUUGGCUGCACUUCUUGAAAUAGAGAAAUCCAUAUGA